AUGUAUCUUUCUAUUUUCUUUUUCCUUCUCCUGUGGGCUCAAGCCCUAACUUUGAAAAACUUGAAUUACUCGGUCCCAGAAGAACAGGGGCCGGGAACAGUGAUUGGGAACAUAGCCAAAGAUGCCAGGCUGGGACUGGAGCAGACAGGGCAAGGACAGGGCAAGAAAGCCAACUUUAGAGUGCUGGAGAAUUCAGCACCUCAUCUGAUCGACGUGGAUCCUCAGAGUGGACUGCUCUACACAAAGCAGCGCAUCGACAGGGAGACUUUGUGCAAGAGGAAUCCCAAGUGCCAGCUGUCUAUGGAGGUGUUUGCAAAUGACAAAGAGAUAUGCAUGAUCAAAAUAGACAUCCAGGACAUCAACGACAACUCUCCAACUUUUCCUUCGGACCAGAUUGAUAUUGACAUUUCCGAGAAUGCUGUUCCAGGGACACGUUUCCCUCUCACAAGCGCGCAUGACCCAGAUGCUGGGGAGAACGGACUGAAAACCUAUCAAAUAACACGUGAUGACUACAAUCUCUUCUCCUUGGAGGUAAAAUCCCGAGGGGACGGCACUAAAUUUCCUGAAUUAGUGAUUCAAAGGCCACUAGACCGAGAAGAACGAAAUCAUCAUACUCUUAUUUUGUCCGCUACUGACGGAGGGGAGUAUCCCAGAUCAGGCACCAUGCAAAUAAAUGUAAAAGUGAUUGACUCCAAUGACAACAGCCCUGUGUUUGACCAGCCCUCUUAUGUGGUAGAAAUCCCUGAAAAUUCACCCCCAGGCAAAGUGCUGAUUGAUUUAAACGCCACCGAUCCUGAUGAGGGCAACAAUGGACAAGUGGUGUAUUCUUUUAGUGGCUAUGCCCCAGAGAGGAUCCGCGAGUUGUUCUCUAUAGAUUCCAGGACAGGAGUCAUAAAGAUACAGGGUGAAAUUGACUACGAAGAGAGCCCAGUGAUUGAGAUUGACGUUCAGGCAAAAGACCUCGGCCCCAAUCCAAUUCCAGGUCAUUGUAAAGUCACAGUAAAAGUGCUUGACAGGAAUGAUAACUGGCCGUCUAUAGGCUUUGUAUCUGUGCGGCAGGGGGCCAUCAGUGAAGCAGCUCCUCCGGGCACGGUCAUUGCACUGGUGAGAGUUACGGACAAAGACUCGGGCAGAAACGGACAACUCCAGUGCAGAGUGCUCGGAAACGUUCCCUUUAAACUUGAAGAAAACUAUGACAACUUCUUCACAGUGGUGACAGAUAGACCUUUGGAUAGAGAGAUGCAGGAUGAAUACAACGUCACUAUUGUGGCUAAGGACAAUGGUCUCCCUCCUUUGAAUUCAACCAAGUCCUUUACAGUGAAGAUCUUAGAUGAAAAUGACAACAUCCCUCGCUUCACCAAGUCUGUGUAUCUUUUGCAAAUCGCUGAGAACAACAUACCAGGAGAGUACCUCGGUUCAGUUUUGGCCCAUGACCCGGAUUUAGGGCAAAAUGGGACAGUUUACUACAGCAUCAUAAACUCUAAUGUCAGCGGAGGAGAUGUUAACACCUAUGUGAAUGUGAACGCUGCUAACGGAGCUAUAUACGCAGUGAGAUCUUUCAACCACGAGCAAAUUAAGUAUUUUGAUUUCAAGAUUUUGGCAAGAGACGCAGGGUCUCCGCACCUUGAGAGCAACGCGACCGUACGCAUCAGUGUGUUGGAUGUGAACGACAACAUCCCAGUGAUAGUUCUGCCUCUGCUUCUGAACGACACAGCUGAGAUCCACGUCCCCCGCAACGUCGGCGUCGGCUACAUUGUCACUACAGUCAGAGCGGUGGAUAAUGAUUACGGCGACAGUGGGAAGCUCACUUAUGAGAUUUCGGAGGGCAAUGAAGAGAAUCUUUUUGAGAUGGACCCAGUGACAGGAGAGGUGCGGACGGCCCACUCGUUCUGGGAGGAGGUGAGCCCAAACGUGGAGCUUAUCAUCCGUGUGUCGGAUCAUGGCAGGCCCACUCUCACAGCUGCGGCACGGCUAAUCAUCAAAGCCUCCAACGGACCCCUCUCUGGCGGGGCCCCACAUGUUACGGACAGACAGAACUGGGACAUGUCUUUGCCUCUGAUUGUUACACUAAGCAUAAUAUCCAUAUUGCUUUUAGCCGCCAUGGUGACUAUAGCAAUCAAAUGCAAGCGGGAGAACAAGGAAAUUCGAACUUAUAAUUGUCGAAUAGCAGAGUACUCGCACCCUCAGCUGGGGAAGGGCAAGAAGAAGAAGCUCAACAAGAACGACAUCAUGCUGGUGCAGAGCGAGGUGGAGGAGCGUGAUGCCAUGAAUGUGAUGAAUGUGGUAAGCAGUCCUUCCUUGGCCACCUCUCCCAUGUACUUUGACUACCAGACACGCCUGCCACUCAGCUCACCAAGAUCAGAGGUUAUGUACCUCAAACCCACUGCCAAUAACCUCAGCGUGCCCCAAGGCCACGUGGGAUGCCACACCAGCUUCACAAGCCCAGUCACCAGCACUACAGACACACCUACUAACCGCAUGUCUAUCAUUCAGACCGACAAUUUCCCCUCUGAGCCUAAUUAUAUGGGCAGCAGACAACAGUUUGUACAAAGUAGUUCGACAUUUAAAGACCCGGAGCGCGCCAGCCUCAGAGACAGUGGCCAUGGUGACAGCGACCAAGCAGACAGCGACCAGGACACCAACAAAGGCUCCUGCUGUGAUAUGUCUGCAAAAGAGGCGCUCAAACUCAAGUCCACGGGCGUCAAACCCCCUCCUCAAGAGCAAGUGUUAUCUGGCAGUACAGCAGCUUACAGUGAGUCUGCGGUGGGCUUGUGUGCGAGCUCGUCUGGGGGCGGGCUGACUGGUAUUGGCUGUAGCCCAUUAAUUGACACUCCAGAGGGCCUCGAGCGCUGGUUGAUCCCGGUCUCUGCUGCUAUCGCGGACAGGCAGCCGCGGCACGCAACGAGAUGUCCGCUAGUGAUAGGAGCAUAUGAGAAAAUGGCUUGGAGUGAGAGGAGAGGCGGGGGUGGACGUGAUACACUGUCGCCUCCGCUAAGAUGA